AUGUUUCUGGCACUAAUCCUGCUCCUCUUCUGCAGUAUUCUGCAGUCUGCUGCUUUUGAAGGAAAUUAUUUGUCCCACUUUUUCUUCCAAAACCAGGAAGAGUCUCUGCAGAGAAUUUUGAGCAGGGACUCCUGUUCUACUUGGGGUGGAGGGCAUUUUUCAACCUUUGAUAAAUACCUGUAUGACUUCACUGGGACCUGCAACUAUAUCUUUGCAACUGUGUGUGAUGAAACCAGCCCAGACUUCAACAUUCAGUUCCGCCGUGGGCUGGACAAAAAAAUUGCAAGGAUCAUCAUUGAGCUGGGAGCUUCUGUUGUCAUUGUUGAGAAAGGCAGCAUUUCUGUCAGGAGUGUUGGUGUCAUUAAGUUACCUUACACCAGCAAUGGAAUUCAGAUAGCACCUUAUGGACACAACACCCGUCUGGUGGCCAAGCUGAUGGAGAUGGAGCUGGUGGUGAUGUGGAACAAUGAUGACUACCUCAUGGUUUUGACUGAAAAAAAAUACAUGGGGAAAACAUGUGGAAUGUGUGGAAAUUAUGAUGGCUAUGAAAUGAAUGAAUUUGUGAAUGAAGGUCAGUUGCUGGAUACAUAUAAAUAUGCUGCAUUACAAAAAAUGGAUGAUCCAUCAGAGAUCUGCUUGUCUGAAGAGAUACCAAUUCCCACCAUUCCUCACAAAAAAUAUGCCAUGAUCUGCUCCAAGCUACUGAACUUGGUGUCACCAACCUGCAGUGUGCCAAAGGAUGGGUUUGUCAUUCGCUGCCAGCUUGACAUGCAGGACUGCAGUGAGCCAGGACAAAACAAUUGCUCUUGCUCUACACUCUCAGAGUACUCAAGGCAAUGUGCUAUGUCCCACCAAUUGGUGUUCAACUGGAGAACUGAAAACUUCUGCUCUGUGGGAAAAUGCUCUGCUAACCAAAUCUAUGAGGAAUGUGGUUCUCCAUGUAUUAAAACCUGUUCCAACCCUGAGUACAGUUGUUCCAGUCACUGCACCUAUGGCUGCUUUUGUCCAGAAGGAACUGUUCUUGAUGACAUCUCAAAGAACCGGACGUGUGUUCACAUGGAGCAGUGUCCAUGCACACUGAAUGGCAAAGCCUAUGCUCCUGGGGAGACAAUGAAAGCAGCCUGUAGGAUCUGUCAGUGUACCAUGGGUCAGUGGAACUGUGAAGACUUGCCCUGCCCUGGAAGGUGCUCACUGGAAGGAGGCUCCUUUGUUACCACGUUUGAUUCUAGAUCAUACAGGUUCCAUGGGGUUUGCACUUAUGUUCUUAUGAAGAGUUCCAGCCUGCCACACAAUGGAACCCUGAUGGCUGUAUAUGAAAAAUCUGGUUAUUCUUAUUCUGAGACAUCACUGAGUGCUGUCAUUUUCCUGUCCACAAAGGACAAAAUUGUGAUUUCUCAGAAUGAACUCCUUACUGACAGUGAUGAACUGAAGUGGCUACCUUACAAAUCAGGAGACAUCACUGUUUUCAGACAGUCUUCAAUGUACAUUCAAAUGUACACAACCUUUGGGCUGGAACUUGUAGUUCAAACAGCACCAGUAUUCCAGGCCUAUGUCAAAGUUGGAUCCAAAUUCAAAGGCAGAACCCUAGGCUUGUGUGGCAAUUACAAUGGAGAUACUACAGAUGACUUCAUGACCAGCAUGGACAUCACUGAAGGGACAGCCUCCCUGUUUGUAGAUUCCUGGAGGGCAGGGAAUUGCCCUCCUGCUUUAGAGAGUGACACUGACCCUUGUGCUUUGAGCCAGCUGAACAAAAUAUCUGCUGAGACUCACUGUUCCAUUCUUACCAAGAAAGGUACUGUGUUUGAGAAAUGCCAUGCUGUGGUGAACCCUAUUCCUUUCUACAAGAGAUGUGUCUACCAAGCCUGUAACUAUGAGGAGACCUUUCCUUACAUUUGUUCUGCUCUGGGAUCCUAUGCAAGAACAUGCAGUUCAAUGGGUCUAAUCCUGGAGAACUGGAGGAACAGCAUGGACAAUUGUACCAUUACUUGUACUGGCAAUCAAACAUUCAGCUACAACACUCAGGCAUGUGACAGGACAUGCUUGUCACUCUCCAACAGAGCCCUGGAAUGCCAUACAACUGACAUCCCUCUGGAAGGCUGCCAUUGUCCCAAAGGCACCUACUUGAACCACAAGAACGAGUGUGUUCCCAAGGCUCAUUGUCCCUGCUAUUUAGAAGAAAGAAAGUUCAUCUUUCCUGAUCAGUCAACAGUAACUGGUGGGAUUACCUGCUACUGUGUUAAUGGGAGACUGAGCUGCACAGGCAAACCUCAAAAUCCUGCAGAAAGCUGCAGAGCUCCUAAGAAAUAUGUAUCAUGUUCUGACAGUUUAGAAAACAAAUAUGGAGCUGCAUGUGCCCCUACCUGUCAGAUGCUGGCUACUGGGAUUGAAUGUAUACCCACUAAAUGUGAAUCAGGCUGUGUCUGUGUGGAUGGGCUGUAUGAAAAUCCUGAUGGCAGAUGUGUUCCAGCUGAGGAGUGUCCAUGUGAAUAUGGUGGCCUUGCUUAUGGAAAAGGGGAACAGAUCCAAACUGAAUGUGAGAGCUGCACUUGUCUGAAAGGCAAAUGGAAAUGUGUUCAGAAAUCCAAGUGUUCCUCAACCUGUAACCUGUAUGGAGAAGGCCACAUCACCACCUUUGAUGGACAACGUUUUGUGUUUGAUGGCAACUGUGAAUACAUAUUGGCCAUGGAUGGCUGCAGUGUUAGUAGACCUGUUUCCUCUUUCAAAAUUGUUACUGAGAAUGUCAUCUGUGGGAAAUCAGGGGUUACCUGCUCCAGAUCCAUCCGCCUUUACCUUGGGAACUUGACAUUCAUAUUGCGAGAUGGAACCUUCAGUAUUUCUGGGGAAAAUCCUGGAGUACAGUACAAGGUGAAAACAAAUGCCCUGCACCUGAUGUUUGAUAUUAUUAUCCCAGGAAAAUACAACAUGACCUUCAUCUGGAAUAAGCACAUGAACUUCUUCAUCAAGAUCUCCAGAGAAUCACAGGAAACCAUAUGUGGUUUGUGUGGGAACUAUAAUGGCAAUAUGAAGGAUGAUUUUGAAACUCGGAGCAAGUAUGUGGCAUCAAAUGAGUUGGAAUUUGUCAAUUCCUGGAAAGAGAAUCCUCUCUGUGGGGAUGUUUACUUUGUGGUGGACCCCUGCAGCAAGAACCCUUAUCGUAAAGCAUGGGCAGAAAAGACAUGUUCCAUCAUCAACAGCCAAGUCUUUUCUGCCUGUCACAACAAGGUGAAUCGGAUGCCCUACUACGAAGCCUGUGUCAGGGAUUCCUGUGGCUGUGAUGUGGGAGGGGACUGUGAGUGCAUGUGUGAUGCCAUUGCAGUCUAUGCCAUGGCCUGCUUGGAGAAAGGGAUCUGCAUUGACUGGAGGACCCCCGAGUUCUGCCCUGUCUAUUGUGAGUAUUACAAUUCUCAUAAAAAACCAGGAAGUGGUGAUGUUUAUUCCUCUGGCUACAACAGUGACAACUGCAUCUGGCAUUACAGGCCUUGUAAUUGUCCAAAUCAAAACUACAAAUAUGUCAACAUUGAAGGCUGCUAUAACUGCUCUCGUGAUGAGUAUUUUGACCAUGAGAAGUUAAGAUGUGUGCCUUGUGGAGAUGAGAGCAUUAGUGCCACACCUGAAACAUCUGCACCUGCAACAGUAACAGCAGUGCAGCCUGAAGUAACAAGAAGCUCUGCAGCACUUACCCUACCCAAAGUACAUAGUAUUUCUUCUUCUGGAGCUACUAUAUCAGCUGAGACCAUAAAUCCCACAAUAACCUCAAAAACCACAGUUCCAAGGUCUUCAUCAGCAUCACCUCUUGUCUCAAUAAAGUCAGCAACUGAGAGUGAGAGAACUCAGGCAACCACUCUGCUCCACCAAGUCCCAGUAGCUGUCACUCACAGAAGAACAACAAAGCCACCCCCAGUGCAGCACCUAAUCACACAGAAGACCACCCCUGCCAUUCCAGCCAGCAGCACCUCUGUCCCAAGCCCUGCCAGCAGCCCAGAAGUCCUACUGGAAGGAUUGUCUGCAAGCCCCAGCUCCUCACCUGCCACCUCAGCCUCAUCCUCUUCUGUCCCAUCCUCAGCUGUGUCCUUGACAAGGCUGAGACCAUCACAUCCUGCAAGGGAGCCAACCAGAGCUAAGAUUCCAAGUAGUAAACUCUGACACAGUCUGCAGGAGGCAAAGCACAGAAUACCUGUCAGCCAGUUGGAAGUGCAUGUGAAAGCUGAGACAUCCUCCCACCUGAGGAGCUCCAGGGCAAAGGAGGAAAACACAAAUAACUGCAGGAUAUCCUUCAAAACCAUAACAAGCCUGCACUUAUCAGAAGCAGGAAAGGAUGAGAUACUUUGAGGGACCAGAAACCCACCAAUUCAUCUUGGAAAAACCCACAAUAUGGGGGAAAUGCUCUAGAUUUCCUCCACCAUACAGUCCCAUAAAGCUUCUAGCCCAAAAGCCAGGAUUAACACCCACCCUUAUUUCUUACCUGCUAAGCCUCAAUCAACCUCUGCUUUCCUCCCCACAGCCUUCACCCACAGAGAGACAACCCUGCCCCACGUGCUGCCACCUCUCAGCACCCAGAAGACCACUGCCACCACCUCCACCAGCACCACCACCUCCAAGACCUCUGUCUCCAGAGAGGCCACCCCUGCCAGCAGCACACCCCUGACCCUGACCAGGACCUCGCCAAGUCCCAGCUCUGCCCCUGCCCCCAGCAGCCCUCUCAGCACCACCCAGCUCACAGCUCCCACCACUUCCACCCUCUCCUCCACCUGGGCCACAGCCCCCAGCCCCAAGCCUACCCCUACAGCCCUGAGGCCCAGGCCCUCUUCCCUGAGGAGCAGUGCUCCAACUGAGUCUGCUGCACCAGAGUCCUCUGCACCCUCCACUGCCCAAACCAGCCCUCUGCCUUCACCUGCUGCUGCUUCUCCCUCCUCCACUGCAUCCUCACCAUGGACCAGCUCCUCACAGCUCACCUUCACCCACAGAGAGACAACCCUGCCCCACGUGCUGCCACCUCUCAGCACCCAGAAGACCACUGCCACCACCUCCACCAGCAGCACCACCUCCAAGACCUCUGUCUCCAGAGAGGCCACUCCUGCCAGCAGCACACCCCUGACCCUGACCAGGACCUUGCCAAGUCCCAGCUCUGCCCCUGCCCCCAGCAGCCCUCUCAGCACCACCCAGCUCACAGCUCCCACCACUUCCACCCUCUCCUCCACCUGGGCCACAGCCCCCAGCCCCAAGCCUACCCCUACAGCCCUGAGGCCCAGGCCCUCUUCCCUGAGGAGCAGUGCUCCAACUGAGUCUGCUGCACCAGAGUCCUCUGCACCCUCCACUGCCCAAACCAGCCCUCUGCCUUCACCUGCUGCUGCUUCUCCCUCCUCCACUGCAUCCUCACCAUGGCCCAGCUCCUCACAGCCCACCUUCACCCACAGAGAGACAACCCUGCCCCACGUGCUGCCACCUCUCAGCACCCAGAAGACCACUGCCACCACCUCCACCAGCAGCACCAUCUCCAAGACCUCUGUCUCCAGAGAGGCCACCCCUGCCAGCAGCACACCCCUGACCCUGACCAGGACCUCGCCAAGUCCCAGCUCUGCCCCUGCCCCCAGCAGCCCUCUCAGCACCACCCAGCUCACAGCUCCCACCACUUCCACCCUCUCCUCCACCUGGGCCACAGUCCCCAGCCCCAAGCCUACUCUGCCCCUCUCUACUUCAAUUCGUUCCACUACGUAUUUUUCCUCUGAAAACAUCACAUUCAGUCCCCAUGGCAAAACUUCCUCAGUGGCAGUUCCCACCAGCAGCUCUGCUAAGUCCACUCCCAGUUUCAUUCCAGCCCUUUUAUCUACAACAGUUACUUUUACCCCCAGUGUUGUUACUGCUGCUUCUACAGAGUCACCUGAAAGGACUUCUUUGGAAACCAGGACACUGACAACUCCCCACACUACAUCAUCUGCUUUCACCUCUCUACUUUCAGCAUCCUUGUCUUCUGUUGUGCCAUUACCAAAAGGCACCUGUAGAGAACUCCAGUAUGAAGAGCAAAUCACCUACAAAGGCUGUUCCACCAAUGUGACUUUAAGCAGCUGUGAAGGAUUCUGCCCCUCUUCAACAAGAGUGAAUGUUGAGAUGAUGGUCACCACGGCAUGUGGCUGCUGCAGGCCACUCCAGCUUCUUCAGAAGGAAUUCCAGCUACCAUGCCAAGAUCCAGAUAAUCCUGGGAAAAGGCUGGUUACAAAAAUACCUGUAUUUAGUGGCUGUGGUUGUCACUCUGACAGCUGCAUGCAGUAA